AUGAGCCAGCCAGCCACCAGCCGCAAGAGGUCUGCCUCAGCGAUGUCGAUGAGCGACAGCAACGAGUAUAGAUACCAGUCUCAGCUCCCCAGCGACUCCAUCAACCCGCUCAGCCAUACUCCUUCCAUCCUCCGCCAGCUCCAUCUAGCCGGUCUCGCAGAGACGGAUGAGCUGCCCUCGAGGACGCAGCGCAAAUUUCCGCACCGCCACUGGCAGGACCCAGAUGCGCCGGCCCGCGUAGGACCGUCCGCCUCGUCGGGGUCUCUAUUAAAAGCGCUCGAGACCAGCGAGGUAGAAGAAGGCGAAGAGGAUCGAGAGGAAGAAGAAGACGACAAGAAGCGCCGCCGCAAGAAAAAGGACAGCACCCUAAAACCAAAAUACGCCUCUGAAAAAUCCCCCUUCCGGCCCCUCGUUCGGGCAAUCUACGGCUUCCUAGACGCCGGCGACGUCGCCAACGCCAAGCGCGCCUUUGGCAUCCUCGCGCGGUCCACGGCCCACGGCAAACCCGUCGACGUGCGGCGCAACCACUACUGGGCCCUCGGCGCCGAGAUCCUCAUGCGCGAGGGCGGCAGCGCGCGCGCCACGGCCACGGACGACGAGGCGUACCCGUUCGCCAACGCCCCGCGUGUGCGCGAGUACUUUCGGGACCUGAUCCAGCGGUUUCCUUACAACUACAAGCACCGUCACGCCGUGUGCGCCGUCGACUUUUGGCCUGCGCUGUUGAGUUACGAGGUUUUCCAGGUGCAUGCGCAGCACGCGGUCUCGUUGAGGCGGGUGAAUCGCGAGGCGGAGGAUUGGGAGGAUGAGUCGUGGCAGGAGCCUUCUUCGCUCCUCGACGGCGGUGCCGGGGAUGACAGCAUGAUGGAGGGAUCCGGCCUCCGGUCGUCUGAGCAGGUCAACGGGCGGGACACGCGGCUGCGGCAGGCGAGGGACCAGAUCCGGCUCAAGACGCUCGACAUGCUGCGCGAAGUGGCGGGCCGCAUGAACGACCUGCUAGAGGAUCGGCCUUUUUCGCACAGCGCCGAGCUGUGGCGGGUGCGCGGGAUGGUGUCGCUCUACAUCGGCGACUUGCUCAUCCCGUCGUACACGCUUGACGAGGAGGGCGGCCAGAUGGCGGAAGCCAGGGCGCGGCGGGAGGCGGAGAGGAAUAACGCGCGGAGAAGCUUUCAGAAGAUGGCGGAGGACGGCGGGAAAUUUGAUGCUUUGAUUCAGAAGCUGAUGGCGCCCGUUGAGGAGGACGAGGGACCUAUGUUGCCUGUCUUCUCGUCACUCCCCUUCAGAGAGUAUCGUACAGCUAGCUAG